AUGACUUCCCCCAAGGCUGACGUCGACCUCCGCCAUCCGGUUCCGGAUCUCCAGUCGCUACAAGGGGCGUAUAUCGGCAACAUCGAACGCCUGGAAGAACAUGCCGAACGCAUGAGCGAGGCCGGCUCAGACCUGCAGGAGGAGAUACGAAAGACGUAUUCUGAAUUGAAGCUGACCGACAGUCGGCGCUCGUCGUUGCGCGACAUACACUCUCCCGACGAGCCCACCAGACAGGCCAGUACCCGGAGUCGCGGCGUUUCAAUCAGCUCGCAUGCCAAUUCAAUUGUAGACCUCAAUGGAAACGCAAGAUGGGGCGGAUACUCGCCGGGUGGUUACAUCACCUCGCCCGCCGGUUCUCUGCGCUCGGGGACGGGACCCUGGCCGAAACCCUCGAAUUCCGUCCAGCGCCAACGUUCGGAAUCAAAGGCAUCGCGUCUUGGACAGAUUGUACACCCUGAGGAAGUCGAGGAGGAACGGGACGACGGACGACGAAAUGAUGAAGAGCGCGGCUCUGCGUCGCCUCCGCAACGAAAGGUCUCGUCCUUUACACGCAUAUUCGAUGAGGUUGCGAACGGGUUGCCAGAAGAGCUGCGUAACAGUAUACAUCUAGGCACUCCACCCAGACACCCCGAACCCGACGAGCUCACGCACGAGGAUACACAUUACCAGUAUACAGACCACCGCGAUCUCCCCGACCGACCCCCGACAGCAGCCUCGACUGACACUACACACCAAGCACAUACACUAUGGCAGGACUUUGACGGUGUCCACUGUCCAGACACUGUCGAAGAGGAACCUGAGCCGUCUCAUCACAGCCGGCAGAGUAGUCAUGUCCAUAGCCGACAUUCGUCCAACCAGUCCUUUAUGCAUAGAGCCAACCCGAGCGUCCAUUCGAUAGGUGCACCGCCACCAGACGACGGCAUGGUCUUCUAUCCGGCUCCUGUGCCCAAGAUGCUGAACCUGCCAAAGCGUCUAUCACAGUUACCUAACAUGAAUCAGCAAGCUAAACGCCGCACACAAUUGUUCGAGUCGAUGCAGCAGACGGAGCAUAGGAAGUCGAUGCCGCUGCUUGGUGAUAAUCUCAUGGACUCGAAGCCUAAAGACAGGAAGAGCCGGCAAAGUCUCAUGGCUCUCCCACCACAACUACGAGCGAGCGCUUACUUUGAUAAUCGAGCUGCCCCUACCCAAGAGUUUGCCGUCAAGGGAGAAUCUGCGGAAGACACGCUUGAAAGCAUCCUGGAUGCUUCUGCCAAUGCGCCAGUCUCUGCCUUCACUGACCAUCCGUUUGCUGGCCAUGUGGGCAGUGAAGUGUACGGACCAGAGCACAAGCGCAAGAGUUCGAAAUUACCGGAAGUUCCACCAACACUGCAAGAGACGCGAAGACGAAGCUCAUUCAAUCUGCUGGAUACAGACCAUAACGCGAAGGGAGAGCGUUUGAAGAAGUUGAAGAAACGAAACAGCUCAGCUGAUAUGAAUCUGCUGCUCGUCAAAGCAAGCGAGAGUCGGAUGAGCCUGGGUGAUCAGUUGGAGGAGCGUGACGAAGACGCACGAGGACCGGAUGGACAUGACCCCGAUGCUUCGCGGCCCUCGUUCGAAGACGGUCACCCAGAAGACGCCGGCGAAGAAGAGGAAUCGAGUGAAGAGGAGGGCGAGCCAGAACCGCAAUACGGCGCACCGACGACACUUCUUGCUGAACUCCAGCUACGCAAGGCAAAACAGCAAACUAGGAAGAUGAACUACGUAACCUUGAUGGAACAGGGAUUGAUUGAUGGUCGCCAAACUCUGCUGCAGAUGAAUGACGUGGCUGAAGCAGAAAAGCAACGGCGAAUUCGCAAGAAGGUCAACCUCGCCUGGGAGGCACCACCGGAAGAAGACUCUGACGAUGAUGUGCCCCUUGGCGUUCUCUACAAGCAGACUGCACCUCCACAAAUGCGACAAAAGAGCAUGGGUCUUAUCGAGCAGCGAGAGUUGGAAGACCGAGAACCCCUCAGUAGUCGACGUAACAGGCUACUCGGCGUUGACCCAAAUCAGCGGCGUACUCAAUAUCUAGGAGCGUCUACAAGCCAGCUCAACCUUCCCACAAUCACAACCCCUGAGCCAGACUCGGAUGAGGAGCCAGGCGAGUCACUGGCUGACCGCAUGCGUCGCAUCAAGGAAAAGCGAGAGCGUGAGACAGCGCUUGGCGACGUGCGUAAAAGCACAGUGAGUGACGACUUUGCCUCUGAGAUGAUGACCAAGUUCGGUGCCCCAGAGGCCUCUGGUCAGGAGCAGCCAAAAGAUGCACCUGUUGCACCCCCGCCUGCUGCUGAGGAAGAGGAGGAAGAAGAAGAAACACUCGGCCAGCGCCGAGCCCGCCUCCAAGCCGAAGCCGCCGCCCGAGGUGAACAUCCCCCGCAAUCUGCCCACCGUCCUGGUCUCGGUUCUACCAACAGUCUUGCAGACAUCCUCGCUGCCAACCCCAUCGAUCCGCACAACCAAGCCCGCAAAGUGUCAAAUGAACAGCUUGUCUCUCACCUCCCCCAAGGAAGCCUCUUGCACCAGAACGUCCUCGAUCAAGAGCGCAAGAAACAGCAACGUCUUACAGCCACCAUGCGUGCCUCCAGCUACGGCUCCAUGGACCCCCUGCUCAAGGGUGUGGGUAACAACCAAAAAGACGACGAUGACAUACCCCUUGGCCAAAAGAUCCAAGCCUACAAAAACGCUCAGAACCCCAUGAUGAUGAAUGGUCAACAGCGAAUGAGCAUCAUGGGCCCUCAACCAGGCAUGAUGGGUAUGGGCAUGAUGUCGCAACCCAACCUCAACAUGCCAAUGAACGGUAUGCAGCAGCCCAUGAUGGGACAGAUGGGCAUGCAAAUGGGCAUGCAGCAGCCCGGCAUGAUGCAACAAAACCCUAUGAUGGGCAUGCCUAUGCAAAUGAAUGCUAUGGGCAUGCAGAUGCCAAUGCAGAUGAACGGCAUGCAAAUGGGCGGUAUGCAGAUGCCCAUGGGCAUGAAUAUGGGUAUGAUGGGCCCACCUAUGGAUCCUAGACAGCGGGAUCAGAUUGAUCGGUGGAUGCAGGGAAUUAGACAUUAG